AUAUUUUUUCUCACCCUAACUUAUUGCACUAGUUCGACAGUGCAGCUAUAAAGAACAGACCCUCUGUAUCCCCUACUCUGUUUCAAUUUGGCAACGUGAUUAAACACAUGGGCAUAGAUGUGACACUAUCAACAACUACUAACAUAUUUAGUCAAUAACAAGAAAUAGAUUUUGCAAUAUUAACGUUGAUUUAAUAUAUUGCAUAAAAUAACUAUUAGCUUAAUUAAUUACCAGAAUAACAGUUGUUACAAAACUAAGACGAAACGAGUGAUAGAUAUUAACAACCAAGAACCAGAGGAUUAAUAAAUUAAGACAAUGGAAAAAGACGAGAUUCGUCAAUAUUUUAAUGAUAUCAUUAGAAAUGAAACGGAUGUAUCUGCUGGUAUGGCUGCUAUUCGUACUUUAUUAAAAGUUUUGGAACGUUCCAAGUCAGAAACAGUUCAAGAACUUCGGAUUUGCUUACAAGAUGCAAUCGAUGCAAUCUGUUCUACAGAAAAUCCUGUUACUCCAAUUGCUUCUGGAAGUGAAUUGUUUCUUCGUUUCAUCACAUUAGCAACACUAGAUACACCUUCAUUUGCAGUGUGUAAACGUAUUAUGUUGGACAGAGGUAAGGUGUUUUAUGAGAAACUUGUUGCUGCGCGAGGAAAAAUUGCAAAAGUAGCAGCCCAGUUUAUUACGGAUGGCUCAAUUAUACUCACACAUUCGAAAUCAAGAGUAGUACUGCAGGCAAUGAAAGAAGCUGCUGCGAGCAACAAAAUAUUUGAAGUAUAUGUGACAUCAUCAUCACCUGAUAAUAGCGGAGAAGAGAUGUGUCAAAACUUGACAAAACUAGGAAUAUCUUGCACAGUAAUCUUGGAUUCUGCAAUGGGAUAUGUAAUGGAAAAAGUAGAUAUGGUAAUGGUUGGAGCAGAAGGUGUUGCAGAGAGUGGUGGUGUAAUCAAUAAGAUAGGUACAUAUACAAUGGCUAUAUGUGCAAGAGAGAUGAAGAAACCAUUUUAUGUAUUGACAGAAAGUUUCAAAUUUUCAAGAAUUUAUCCUUUGAAUCAGGUAGACCUACCAAAUGAAUUUAAGUACACAUCCAGUACUUUAAGUAAAAACCUAGAGAAAGAACAUCCCUUAGUGGAUUAUACACCACCCCAAUACAUUAAUUUGUUGUUCACUGACUUAGGAAUUCUGACACCUUCAGCAGUUAGUGACGAACUUAUUAAAUUAUAUUUAUAAUU